AUGGCAAAUUCAAUAAGUACUAUUAAUGAACUUAUUCAAAAUGGAAGGAUACCACCCCAUAAGUAUACUUUUGUCCAAAGAGGUUCAAUGCACCAACCAGAAUUUCAAGCAAUUUGUGAAUUAUAUGGAACUUCAUUCAUAUCCAGUUUUAAAAAGACAAAGAAACAAGCCCAAGCUGCUUGCUCCCAGCUAAUUUUAGAUUAUUAUUACCAAGAUUCAAAUUAUAAAUCAUUACAAGAUAAACAUAAAAUUUCACAACAACCUCAACAUAAUAAUGGGUUUUCUUAUCCAAAACGAGAUUAUAACAAUGAUUAUUUGGAUAAUUAUUCAAACCCUUUGAUACCACAGGGAGAUGCUCCACAACCUCCAAUUAUUAAACGUUCUCCGCAAUAUUUUUUAAAGAAAAUGCCAACUUACGGUGAGCCUUUAUUCCCUUCUAAUUUUAAUUCCCCUCCACCUCCAUAUAAAGAACAAUCAAAAUAUUUAUCCUUCAGUAAUAAUAAUAAUAAUAAUAAUAAUAAUAAUAAUAAUAAUAAUAAUAAUAAUAAUAAUAAUAAUAAUAAUAAUAAUAAUAAUAAUAAUAAUAAUAAUAAUAAUAAUAUUAAUAAUAACCAAAAUAAUCAAAAUAAUAACAAUAAUUUUCCAACAAAUAAUAAUAAUAAUUAUAAUAAUAAUAAUUAUAAUAAUAAUAAUAAUAAUAAUAAUUUUAUAAACCAACAACUUCAAAUUAAACUUGAAGAAUCUAAAAAAAAUAAUUUUAUACUCGAGCAAAGAGUUGAUGAAUUAACAAAGAGAAUGGAGACAUUGGAGCUAUUUUAUGAAGAACAAAUAGAUAUGAUAUCAAAAAAAUAUCUUCUACUCAUAAAUGAUUUAAACCAAUUAAAAGGUAAUUAG